UAUAAACCCGGAAUUUGUAGGAUUAGUCUUUAAAAAUAAAUGAUACCUGAUUCGACAACUGGAAUAUUUCUUGAUAAUAAUAAAAAUAGCCACAUUUAUAGAGCUUUUAUUUACUUAUAUGCAAUUUUAUAUUAACCUUUUACAAAAUAUUAGCGUGAUUUUGUUAUUUGAUGAACAAAAUUAUUAAUUUGUAAGAUAUUAACCGGAAUCGAGCCAUAACUCUAAAUUAGCUUGAUGGUAUCCCGGAGCUGGCUGGACUAAUCCUGUUCGAAGAGGGUGGAAAAAAAAGUGUUGUUUUUGUGUUAUUUGUUGGGGGGAACCGUCUCCGAGAGCAGAAAUGUCUCAAGAUUUCUGCUCUGAGUCGUCGCCGGUGAAGGUAGAGGAACGGGAGGCUUCUCGGCCCAAACCGGAAUAAGACACCAUUAAGUUCCGUUGUUGUUUUGUUAUUGUUGCUUUUCUAACACGAGUGAAGCGUCGGCAGCGGAAUGGCUUUCUUCGCGAAAAAGAAGAAAUUCAAGUUCCAGACAUAUUUGACCCUGGAAGAACUGAGCGCGGUGCCCUUCGUCAACGGUGUUCUUUUUUGCAAAGUUCGUCUGCUGGACGGAGACUUCGUCGCUUCCUCCUCCAGGGAGGAAGUACGUGAGAACUGUGUACGAUGGAGGAAGAGGUUCUCGUUUGUGUCCAAGAUGAGUGCAAACCCACACACAGGCGUGCUGGACCCAUCGGUCUGCCGGGUGUCUGUCAGGAAGGAGCUGAAAGGUGGAAAAGCAUACACGAAGCUGGGCUUCGCAGACCUGAACAUGGCGGAGUUUGCGGGCUCGGGUUCCACAGUGCGCUGCUGCCUGCUGGAGGGCUACAACACCAAGAACAUGCGACAGGACAACUCCAUACUCAAGGUAAUCAUCGGGAUGACCCUCCUGUCUGGAGAUCCUUGUUUUAAAACUCCAGCCAGCACGGCCAAGAGCAUCUCCAUCCCAGGACGUGAGCACACCCUGCAGCUGGACUGCAAGGGUGAGGGAACCAAGGCUGAACCUGGACCAGCUGGAGUCAUUUCACUGGGCCGGACGCCCAAACAUCGACCCUCCAUCAUUAGCUCAGGUCUUCUGGAUGACGGUGAAGGUAUUGUUCCUGGAGAAAUGUUUCAGUCUGGACACUCUCGUAACUCCAGCUACGCCAGCCAACAGAGCAAAAUCUCAGGCUACAGCACAGAGCACUCUUGUUCCUCCAGCCUAUCGGACCUGACACACCGCAGAAACACCUCCACUGGUAGCAGCGCCUCCGGAGGCCUGGGGGGCUUGGCUAUGGACAUCCCCACAGACGCUGAAAGAGAAGCGGGGCGCUCCGAGAGACCCCCUCGGCCUCCCAGGCCACUCCUGCCCACCAAUAGGCCCCCCAGGAGAAAGCAGGAUUCUGUGGAGAGUCAGCCAUCUUGGGUGAAUGACACCCGCAUGGAUGCUGAUGACAUUGUGGAGAAGAUUGUCCAGAGCCAAAACUUUGAGGACGUCAGCAACACUGAAGACAGCAACCUGCGUCUGUUCAUCAACAAAGAUGGUAGCACCGCGCUCAGUGCCAUCCGUCUGGGCAACAGGGUGUCAGCCGGUGGCUAUGAGCCCGUGGUCAUCGAGAGCCACUAGACCUGAGGAAUCCCUUGCCCUCCCCCCCCCCCACUACCUUCAGCUGGUCUGAAGAAACAACGGUGGGAAAAACACACCAGUUAGCACUUUAACCACCGCACGCCAUCUUGUUUAGGACGCCGAGAUCCACCUGGUGUCCUCAGUCUCAUCACGGUCACAAAAUGGAGGGUAGAGUGGAACCAAAUAUGAUGAUAUGAUGAAUCCCACGUUUAGUGCAGUUAAAAGCAUCUGCAGUUCAUUUGAGUGCAUGAACAUCCCAGGAAACACGUCGCCCACCAUUUUCACAGUUUUCAUCCCAGUUCACAGUCCUUUGUGUCAGGUACAGGGUUCCGAUGGCUGCGGCUGUAACAUUCGAGACUAGCCCCUUCGCGUUGAAAGCAAUUGUUUCCGUCUCCCAAACACUGGCGCUAAUGCGUUCAGAUAAUUAAAUAACGACAUCUGAAGUGCCAUUGCAGCUAUUCCUAAAUGCCCUUGUGGUUGAACUCAUUCAGAAAGAUUACAUCAUCUGAAGUACUGUUGUUGCUUCAUGUCAAUGACAUCAUGAGUUAUCUGAAACGUGUUUUUCACGCAUUGCAAUUAGAUGCAUUGUGACAAUUGCUUUCAACACUAAAGGGCAUGCCCAGAAAAUCCCAAAUCUGAUAUGAUGUCAUAAACCAUCAAAUUCGUGGGUGGACUUCAACUCCGUAAUGCUUUUUCCGUAACUUAGAGACGAGACGAGUGUGAAAGGAGCUACUGAACAUGCCAGGAGACCAUAAAACCAGGAAGGUCCCUGUAGAUCGGGGAACCCAAAGUGAACCACUUUUUUUACAUUUUUUUUUUUUUAAAGCCUGCUUUUCUUGAUGAGCCUAAAGCGUCUCGGCCUUGAGCGAGAACGCUGGUGACGGCGAAGAGAGAUAAGGCGUCCAUUUUAUUUAUUUUUUUUCGCCCUGCCUUCUUUAAAGUCUGGAGUUUUAGUUUCAAAACCUCUUCUGUCGUAGCUCCAUCAUAAGGAGCUCAACUGCCCCCUAGUGGAGCAAUACGUGUUUACAACCAACAUUGCAAACAAAAGGGUUGAGAAACAAAGGAAUGUUUACAAACAGCCGGCUGCUUGUAGCUUUUCCUUGGCUUUUAUUUGUUUUAUCCAUAUCCUUUAACUUUAGGAAUUAUUUUUGAAUGUUUUCCACAAACCAUGACAAUAAAUCCUUUUUUUUCCUUUUAUCCUCUUAACACAAUGGUUUUAUUGUCAGGCUACUUUUUGUCUGAAAAGCACACGCAUGGUUAGAUUUAGUUUAUGUUUUGGGGAUGAACCACUAAUUUUGUUGGGUUUACACCACAUAUGAUACUUUUUUUUUUUUAAGCAUUUAUUUAUAUUUUUUUUCUCCUUUUAUUCGAUGAUGGUUUUGUCCGGAGGAUGGGUGAUUAUAAGCUAUGCACACGACUCGCCUUCCCUCUGCUUUUUGUGUUUCACUUGUUAGAAAUAUUAAAAAGAGUAUUGUAUCGUAACAAAGCUUCUAUUUACAUAGGGUGAUAGAAAAUGACGUUUGUAACACUUCUAGACAAUAAAAAUCUAUUCUACCACUGUCAAA